AUGCCGAUUGUACGAAAGGAUCUCAAAAAGCCCCCACUGCUAUUUUGCGAACUCGUGUCGACCUCAGAGGACUCUCCCAUGAGUCCCACAUCGAAACUAAGUACUAAGAGCACCCCAAAAGCCUUACAGAGAAUUCUCUCAAACUUACUUUGCCAUCGGAGGGUCUUGGGCUGGUACCACACUGGUGUUGAGCAAGGAGACCUGCAACAGGCAUGCCAUCCACUUCUCGAAGGCUGUUCGUACCCUCUUCGGAGGAACACCACCAAGAAUACCAAGUUUACUCCGACUAUGCACUCGGGCCAAAAUCUCCCCUACGCCGAAGGAUCGAGACCCUCCAGACAAGAGCACCCUAGCUACCGGUCAGGAGGAGAGGACGAUCGGCAAAAGAGAAGCCUCAGCAGAACUCUCGAUAGGUCGAGAAGCGCAGAGGCAUAG